GUGUGCAGGAAUGUGCGCAAACUUUUCCUCCUUCUCCUUCGUCGUCGUCGUGUGAAAGUUCUCCGAAAGCCAACGGCUCGCUCGACAAGCUCGUCGCGGGAGACCGGGUGAGUGAGGCCGGGUUCUGGGUGACGCUCACCGACCUCCAAGUCGACCUUGUGUCGCCCGUUCCAAGCAAACUUUGGAGACUGCGGAAAAUGGAGGAAAUCAGCAUGGCGGCUCCCUCCAUGUUCUCGAUGGAGACGUUUCCGCUGAUGGACGACGAUGUCCGCAGUUCGGCGGCCCCGCAGCUGGUCAUGCUGGCCAACGUAGCGGCUGUGGCGGCUGUGGACGGCGGCGGCGCGUUGGCCGAGGGCAGCGUGGCCGACGACAAAGAGAUGAUGGAGCUAAAGACGGUGGGAUGUGGCUACUCGGACAGCGAGGAUGAGAGCGUCAUCAGGUACGGUUACGACAACCACGACAGCGUCUGCGUAGCCGUCGAUUACUCGGAGGCUCCGGGCCUCGACGCCACGCGACAACAACAGAACGGCGGACGGGAGGACGAUGCCGAAUUCUCGCCGCCAACCUCAAGCGGCCCCGCUCCUCCGCCACCAAUGCGCAAAGACGCGCCUCUGGCGCCUGCCGUGCCCACGGAGGCCGCGAGGAAGAAAAAGCCCUUUCACUGCAAACCGUGCCACUUUCAGGCUCACGACGAGAAAGGGUUUGUAGACCACCUGCGGACGCACGCCGUCAGCAAGAUGGCGGUCGUCAACCGCGUAGAGGGGCGCAGCAGACUGAAGGCCAAAGAGGGAAAGACGGCCCCGGACAUCUCGCCGCGGGUGUGCGACGGUGAGGGCGAGGAGGUGGCAACGGCGGCGGCAGGGGACGCCAAAGGCCUGAUCCGAUGCGAGCGCUGCGGAUACAACACCAACCGAUACGACCACUACGUCGCGCACCUAAAACACCACAACAAGGACGGAGAGGACCACAGAGUGUUCAAGUGCACGUUGUGCGCAUACAGCACGGUCAGUCAGUACCACUGGCGCAAGCACCUGCGAAAUCACUUUCCCAGCAAACUGCACACGUGCACUCAGUGCUCCUACUUUUCCGACCGCAAGAGCAACUACAUCCAGCACAUCCGGACGCAUACCGGUGUGCGUCCAUUCCAGUGCCCAUACUGCGACUACUCCAGCUCUCAGAAGACGCACCUGACCAGACAUAUGCGGACACACUCUGGUGAGCGACCUUUCAAGUGUGAAAGCUGCAACUACCUGGCAGCCAAUCAGCACGAGGUGACCCGUCACGCCCGCCAGGUCCACAACGGUCCCAAACCGCUGGCGUGCCCCUACUGUGAGUACAAGACGGCCGACCGCAGCAACUUCAAGAAGCACGUAGAGCUCCACCUCAACCCUCGCCAGUUCCUCUGCCCAUUGUGCAAGUACGCCGCUUCCAAGAAGUGCAACCUGCAAUACCACAUCAAAUCGCGACACUCCGGCUGCAACGUCACCGUGGACGUCUCCAAGGUCAAACUGAGGGUAAAAAAACCAGAGGAGCCUUCCAAAACAAAUGUGUCAGGCGUGGAGGAGGACUUUGACGGCGAGGAGGCAGACGAGGAGCCGGUUCCUCGUGACAAACCAUCUGGUCCCAUUAAGGAGCCGGUUCCUCGUGACAAACCAUCUGGUCCCAUCAAUCUGUCUAUCAGAAAGAGCGGAAAACCAGCGCAGAGUGAAGAUGAGCCAGAGGAGAUUCCCAGGAAAUGCAAUGGCUCUGCAGUGAAAGUGGAGCAGGAGAAAACAAUCACGACAAGACAAAAGAAGUUGAAGGAAAACCCAGAAGAGAUGGUGAGCAUCGUAAAGGCCAAGAGAAGAGUCAAGAAGACGAUGACUGACAAACCGUGUGACCCGGAAGCGACAAAGGACGAGAGGGAGAAGUCGGAAGCGGAAGGAACGGCAGGCCAGCAAGAUGGAAAUGAGAGGGGCAAGCCAAGGAGGUCCGGCGGCAAGAAGUAUGAACAAGAAGAACCUGCUCAGAGCCUCGUCACUCCACAAGGUCUUCAGAAGGACGGCAAAGAAAAGUCCAAAAAGAGGAAAGCGGUUGAAGCGCUCAACUUUCCGUGCGCGCCAGCCUCCGAGGCCCGGCGGCUCCGAACCGGCAACAAGUCGCAUCCCACUUCAAAGUACAACCACAGCGCCAAUGCGCCGCCCUCGUCCAGCUUGCCCGCCAAAAGGGCCAGGAGGUCCACCAGAAAAUCUUUGGCACAUCAGCCGGAAGGCCAGUCCGGCGUUCCAGAUGCACCAGAAAGCUCCACCUGCCCGGUUGAGUCGACCCCCACGGCGGUAAAGGCGAGCUCACCUACGAUGGAGCCCAUCGACAGGCCAGAAGAAGGUCGCACUGACACGCCUGCUGACGCAACCCCUGCACCGCCCACUCCGGCGUCUCCAGCUAAACCCUCGUCCCUGCCGCCAGAGCAUUGCGGCAAAGCAUUCGACCCCGAGGACGACGAGGGCGUCCACAGCAGCCACGAAGGAGGCGGCGACAGCGGCAACGUAAGCGACAACAGCGACGGUGCCUCCGAAGGCAGCGACGACUCGGGACUCAACGGAAAUGCUGCAGAAAAAACGUCCAACGACCCGGAGACGCCCAGCCAUGAAAUUCCCACACCGACCGAGCUCAAAAGUCACGUGUGCAUCUUCUGCGAUCGGCAUUUCCCCAUGGAGGCCGAAUACCGCCGCCACCUCAAUCGCCAUCUUGUCAACGUGUACUACAUGGGCGCAACGCCGGCAAGCAACUAAUGUCAAGCCGUUGCGCCCUUGCCAAACACCAAGCGAUCCUCGCAAACUGGCCUUUCAUGAGCAAUCUGUCAUGACUGCUGCUUUUCAUUUCCUCCUCCUGAAGCCAAAGCACAAAAACACAUCUGACAAUUCUGGCAGCAGGUGGGGCUGUUAUUCGCGUGUUGAUGCGGCAGAUAACAUCACCUCGAGGACCCGUCAACGUCAAGAGGCAAUCGGGUCAACAGAAAUUUCUCUCCAGCGUUUGACAAUCUUUUUCUAGAUCAGAUUGAGCUAAUUAAACCUUGGACCUUGUUGUGCAAUUUUUACAUUUUUUUUUUUUUUUUUUACAGUAGUGUCAACUUCAUCAGCUUUUGGCAGCCACUUGAUUAACGUUAGGUUGCUUCUGAAGGUUAAAUUCUCAUGAAAUCCAACAUGAAAAAUUGAGUGCUCGAUGUAAGCUUUUAAUACAUUGUUUAAUAUAUAUGUAUAUUAUAUAUUACGGCUGUAACAAGUCACUAGUCGAUACGGCAUCACGAUUUCUGACCCACGGUUCGAUACACACAUUUUUUUGGGUGGAGGUAAAAAAAAUAAAAAGAUAUUGUAAUAAAAAAAUUGACUAUUUAUUUAGGACAAUUAUACAUGAUUGUAAAAAAAAUAAUUAUAAGACUCCGGUCUGUGCUGCAAACCAGAAAUAAUAAAAUGAGAAAAACUUUUCUCCAACAAAAUAGCUCCUGUUCAAAAUAUAAAAAUUAAAUGACGCAUGGCGGAUGACUGGUUAGGACAUCUGCCUCACCGUUCGGAGGACCCGGGUUCAAGUCCAGCCUCGCCUGUGUGGAGUUUGCAUGUUCUCCCCAUGACUGCGUGGCUUUUCUUCAGGUACUCCGGUUUCUUGCCACAUCCCAAAAACAUGCAUGAUAUGUUGAGUGAAGACUAAAUUGCCCGUAGGUGUGAAUGUGAGAGUGCCUACGUGUGCCCUGCGAUUGGUUAAGGACCAAUUCAGGGUGUAUCCCGCCUCUCGCCCAGAGUCAGAUAGGAUAGCCUCCAGCAUGCCCACAGACCUAGUGAGUAUAAGCGGUAAGGAAAAUGGAUGGCUGGAUAAACGACACUGUGGAGUUUAGGAAACAAACAACAACGUAAACAUUGAGUUAACACCGCAGGAGACUUCCUAUCUGUGCUCCAAACCAAAAAGGUAAAAACACAACUUUUCUCUUACCGUCUCAAAGGAGUUGUGACAGCUCAGUGCUGCCAGCUUAACAACAUUGUGCACGAAGCACACUACACUACAAGUGUUGCAGCAGUGUUGGGAAAGGCAUGUUAUGGAAUGCGCACAAUAGUAGCGAGUUGCAAUAAAGUACUGUUGGCGCACAGUCGUACUCACAUUAUUGGACAACAUUGGGGACGAAGCUGGACUUUCAGUGACUUUGUGCUGCUCGCUUCCCUCGUCCCUCUCCCUCCCUAGUGAGCAGAUCGGACUAGCCGAGGCUAACGAUGCACGGCUAACUGCUACGUUAACCCACAACUUGGGCAGCGGGGCCAGCGUAUAUUCCGUACUGUCGAACCCGUGCAGAUGUCCACUGACUGUGUCGCCUUGUUGGGCGGACACUUUGCUGCUCCAUAAACACGUGUAGGUAGUGAAAAGCAAAAGUGAAAGCAAACUGUUUGAAGACCGCGAUUUUUGGUUUCGAUACAUAAUUGUUACAGCCUUAUUAUAUAUGUGUAUCGUGUGUCAUCAAACUGACAACUGUUUGCAAUAUUUUGACAGUCAUGUAACCAACGUGGUCAAAAUAUUAGAAACAGUUGUGUGUGCCUAAUAACAUUCAACAUCAUGAAACUCAAUUAAAAGAUUAAUUAAUGAAACAUUUUAUUUGUAAGCGCCUUUCAAGGCCCUCAAGGACACUGUACAUUAAACCGAAAAAGAAAAUGGUUGCAAUAACUGCUAUUAUGUUUGAGCUUUUUUUUUU